AUGGGAGAUGCAGCUGUUUCGGCUCUUGUCAAGGAAGUGUUGGGGAUACUGACUUCUGAACUUAUCAAAGAGUUUGGUCUCCUUCGGCGUUUCAAAGGUGAUAUUUUGGCUCUCAAGGAAGAUUUCGAGCAGAUCCAGGCUGUUCUUGAAGAUGCAGAAGAGAAACAAGUCAAGGAAAAGGCUGUAGAGUUAUGGCUUCGACGUCUCAGAUCUGCAUCCCUGAAGGUAGAAAAUGUGCUGGAUGGUAUCUCUACUGAAGCUUUGCUGCGAAGUCUAAACAAAGAGAUAGACAUCGAAAGAGGAAUCAAAGUAGGCAUCAAAUACAAGGUAAGAGCCUCAUUCUCCAAAUUUAAGUUUCGUGUUAAGGCUGCUCACAAAGUUAAAGCCAUAAGAACAAAACUGGAUGAUAUUGCAUCUAAGAGACUUAAGUUUAACUUGACCUCUAGUGACACAAGUCAUCUAGAUGUGGGAGUUGAAGGUGAGAUGCCUAAUAGGGAAACUAGCUCGCUUAUACUUGAUUCUUCAAAGAUUUUAGGAAGAGAUGAAGAGGUGGAGAUGGUAACUAGAACGAUAUGCAACAAAGAUAUAGGAAAAUAUGACAAUGGUGAGAUUCUGGUGUAUGGUAUAUGGGGUAUGGGAGGCCUGGGAAAGACUACUUUAGCUCAAUUAGUCUAUAACCAUGAGAGGGUUGAUCAAUAUUUCGACUUACGAUGUUGGGUGUAUGUGUCUCAAAACUUCCAAGUUAACGAGAUUAUAAAGAAAAUCAUCGAGUCCGUAGAUGAAUCUGGGUGUACACUUACACAGCUGGAUACAUUGCAAGCCUCCCUCCGAAACAAGUUAGUGGGAAGGAAAUUCUUAAUUGUACUAGAUGAUGUUUGGGCUGAAGAGAACGAAGAGGGGAAAUGGAAAACCUUAAGUGGAACAUUAAGUUGUGGGGCAGAAGGAAGUAUUGUUGUGAUGACAACACGGUUGGAGACAACUUGUCGAAUGAUGGCUAAGGCUGGCGAGCUACGACAUCAAUUGGGAUGUUUAUCAGAAGAGAACUCAUGGUUAUUAUUUAAGAAGCAUGCUUUUGCACAAGGAAGAGUGGGGGAUGACAUACGUAAGCUAGAGCCUAUUGGAAGGGAAAUAGUUGUGAAAUGUAAUGGGCUGCCUUUGGCGGUGAAGACUUUGGGCAGCUUAAUGUGGUCAAAAAGUAGUAGCAACGACUGGCAACGUGUGAAAGAUAGUAACAUAUGGAACUUACAAGAAAAUAAUGUCUUGCCUGCUUUAAAGUUAAGUUAUGAUAACUUGGCUCCACAUAUAAAGAGAUGUUUUUCUUAUUUUUGUUUGUUUCCUAAAGGCUAUGAACUAAAAAAAGAUGAACUGAUCUUGUUGUGGGUAGCAAACGGUUUCAUUCUGCCCAGAGAAGAAACAGACAACUUGUAUGUGAUUGGAGAAGAAAGUUUUAAUUGUUUGGUUUGGAAAUCCCUCUUCCAGGUGGAUGGUUAUGAUAGAUGUAAAAUGCAUGAUCUAGUGCAUGACAUGGCACGGCAUGUAAUGAAACAUGAUUGUUUAGUUAUAGAGCCUGCUUGUAACGAGGUUAAAAUCCCAGAUGAGGUGCUUCAUUUGAGCUCGUCAUGUCCGGAUGAAAAGUUAAUUUUAUCAUCUGAGGAUUUUGAAAAGUUAACAUCAUUAAGGUCAAUAUUCAUGUUCGGGGAGGAGGAUGAAGGUUGCAUUAGUCAACUUUUCAACCACAUGUAUGUAAGGGUAUUACACUUGGCUCUUCCGGAGUUAAGGACAUUACCAGAAUCAAUUUGUAAACUCAAACAUCUGAGAUACUUGAAUCUAUCAAAUUCAUGGAUAGAAGCUUUACCUGAGUCGAUUAUGUAUCUCCAAAACUUGCAAGUGUUGAUUUUAUGUUGGUGUAGCAGAUUGCGUAAGUUGCCUGAAUCGAUUUGCAAGCUCAGAUAUCUGAAAUACUUGACCUUAUUAGGCUCGGGUAUAGAAGUUUUACCUGGCGGCCUAAAAGACAUGAUUAACCUUCAACGUUUGGACAUCAAUAGAUGUCGUUCACUUCGAUAUUUGCCGGUUGGAAUCGAGAAACUAACUAAUCUUCGAAUGCUUCCACGAUUUCCUGUUGGUAAGGAGAGAGGGGCCAAAAUAAGUGAAUUGGGGGAUUUAAAUCUUCUUGAGGGGGAGUUGAAGAUAGAAGGACUUAAGAAUGUUGGAGGCAUCUCCCAAAAUUAG